UAUCGCGUCUCGUCAAGAUGAAGGUACCCAGUGUUCGGUGAGUCAAGGUGGAGGUACCCAGUGUUCGGUGAUUCGAGGUGGAGGUACCCAGUGUUCGGUGACGGGACUGUCAACCCACAACAAUAUGUCGUCAAACGGACGACAGCCGAUGCUAGAAGGAGCGGCCAGAGGCUCUAAAACAACCGUGAAAUCGCAAUUAUCUGUCGGUAUCAACGUCAAUGAGAAGAGCAACAGGAAAGACGACAAUGGUCGAACGGCGUUGCAUCUGAGCGCCGAGGCAGGACACCUGGAGGUGGUGGUAGAGCUGGUUCGUAACCAAGCGAGAGUCGACGCCAAGGACAGUGAUGGUAUCCAGCCGCUGCAUCUUGCCGCUGGGAGCAACCAUCUCCAGGUGCUUCGUCACCUGCUGCACCACGGGGCCUCUCUGGAAGCUGAGGAUGACCGAGGGCGCCGCGCAGUGCACUACGCUGCAGCCUCCGGGCACAAGAUGCUGCUGGAGGAGAUGAGGAAGCAGGGGUGUGAUCUGGAGGCUGUAGCAAGAGACGGCUCCAGCCCACUCCACCUGGCGGCGGAGAACAACCAGCUGCAGGUGGUACAGUGGCUGCUGCAGCAAGGCGUUGACGCCAGCUCUAAAAACCUCCAGCAGGAGGCAGCUGAAGAUUGCGCCAGAAGGAAGUCUCACAGCGAAGUGGCCCAGUUCCUCCAGGAGCGCAGGACGUCUCCGAGCACGCAGCAAGGUGGGAGAGACCAAGUGCACGCCGUUGGUAACCUCGCCGCUAACGCAAGUGCGGGUGCACACGGGAGUAUCCGGCCACUGUGCCAGCCUGACACCCAACUGCAGCCUCUGGGCUCCAGAGAAGGUUCCAACCUUUCCCAGCCUUCGCGUCAGCCUUAUCCUCAGCCCUCAUAUCAGCCCAACCCACAAAUGAUGAACUCACCUCAGCCCUACCCUGACUUUCAGCACUUGCCUGAAGCCUCCGCUCCUUCUCAGCACUUGCCUCAAGCCUCCGCUUCCUCUCAGCACUUGCCUCAGUCCUCCCCUCACUUUCAGCACUUGCCUAAAGCCUCCGCUCCCUCUCAGCACUUGCCUCAGUCCUCCCCUCACUUUCAGCACUUGCCUGAAGCCUCCGCUCCCUCUCAGCACUUGCCUCAGUCCUCCCCUCACUUUCAGCACUUGCCUGAAGCCUCCGCUCCCUCUCAGCACUUGCCUCAGUCCUCCCCUCACUUUCAGCACUUGCCUCAAGCCUCCGCUCCCUCUCAGCACUGGCCUCAAGCCUCCCCUCACUUUCAGCACUUGCCUGAAGCCUCCGCUCCUUCUCAGCACUUGCCUCAAACCUCCCCUCACCCUCAGCACUUGCCUCAAUCUUCCCUUCACUUUCAGCACUUGCCUCAAGCCUCCGCUUCCCCUCAGCACUUGCCUCAGUCCUCUCCUCACUCUCAGCACUUGCCUGAAGCCUUCGCUCCUUCUCAGCACUUGCCUCAAGCCUCCCUUUACUCUCAGCACUUACCUCAGGGCUCCCCUCAUCCCUCGCCUCAAACCCCUCUCUCCAACAGGGACGCACAUGACCCAUCUGUUAGGCUGCUGGUGGCCGCUAGCGAGGGUCGGGCUGACGAGGUCGACUCCUUGGUGGUAUCCGGAGCUGAUCCGAGCUUCGUCAGCAGCAAACCAGGGGAGGAGGGGCUGCAGGCGAUUCAUCUGGCGUGCUGGGGCGGCCACACCGAGGUGGUGAAGAAGCUCCUGGAACAUAGCGUUGACCCCAGAGCUGUGGCAGCUGGUCGCGAGGGUGUUCACUGGGCAGCAUUUGGGGGUCACGUGACCGUGUUGCGACUACUGAAGGAGCGAGGGUGUGACGUCACUGCUGCUUCCACCCCCGACGGGUCGACACCACUCCAUCUGGCGGCCGACAACGGCAACCUGGACGCUACCCGCUGGCUGGUGGAACAAGGAGCCCAGAUUGAUGCAAAGGACAACAACGGGAACACACCGAGCGACCUAGCCAUGGUGUCUGAAGCAUCUGAUGUGUAUAAUUACCUUGAUGAUAGGUUAAAGGAGGAACAGCUAGUGGAAGCUGCGGGCGCCGGGAACUUCGAGCUCACACGCCGCCUCAUCCAGGACGAAGUCUUCGUCGACGCCCCAAGCCACAAGCCGCAGAUUAGAGGGCGCCGAGCUCUACACCAGGCUGCUGACGGCGGCUACACCGCUCUAGUCGAAGACCUUCUGCAGGCCGGCGCCGAUCCCACAGCUGACGACAACGAAGGAGUGCUGGCAGUUCAUCUUGCUGCACAGGCCGGACACUUGGAAGUACUGAAGCUACUUCUUCUUCAUUUACCUCAUGGUACUGCUGAAGUGAAAGGUGAGAAGUUGGUCCACUGGGCAUCUAAGGGGGGCCACGUUAAGAUCCUGCAUUACCUAAAGACUACGAAGUGUAAUCUUCGUGCCACCACCAAGGGCACCCGACGGACUGCGCUCCACCUUGCGGCUGACAAUGGCAACUUAGAUGCUGUGAAGUGGCUGGUCGAGCAAGGGUUGAGCCUCGACCACAGGGACGCUGACGGCUUCACGGCAAAAGACCUGGCCGAGCACGAGGGCCAUAGAGAGGUGGAACUUUAUCUCCAGCAGGUCUUGGUACCUCAGCGGCCAAAGACGACGCCCCAGGAGUCCAAGUUCCUGCAUGCCGCGGCUAAUGGCAAGCUGCCGACUGUGGUGGAACUGCUUGAUGCCAAAGUCAACGUCGAUUGCAAAGAUCAACAGGGCAGGAGUGCGGUCCAGCUGGCGUGUGCAGCUGGUUACUUGCAGGUGGUGAAGCUCCUAGUAGCUAGAGGGGCCCAGCUAAAUGACCACGAUGAUGAAGGGAACACUGCGACACACCUGGCUGCUGAAGGAGGGCACUUGGCCAUCUUAAGAGUGCUGAGGGACAAUCAGUGUGACCUCUCCAGCAUCAACAACGAGGAUGACUCUCCUUUGCACUUCGCUGCUCGCUCAAGCAAAUUACACGUGAUCAAGUGGUUACUUGAUCAGGGAGUGGAAGCCAACGAGACCAACGCACAAGGAUAUACUGCCGAGGACAUUGCAAGGGAGAAGAAGUGCAUGGAAGCAGUAAGCAUGCUGACUGCUCACACAAAAGCUUCAGGGGUCAGGAACCUCAGUACCCUAGACCCUCAGGCGAAGACACACAAACGUCAACAAAGCAGUAAGGAUCGAUCACCUACACGGCCUCAGUCGGAAGAGUACACUAUGCGGAAGUCACCUAGAGAUUACAUACCAAUGCCAAUAGGUUUGAAGAGCAUAGGAAACACCUGCUACAUGAACUCUGUCAUUCAAUGUCUUUACAGCACUAGCUGCUUGACGUAUUAUAUUCUACACGGACACUGGAGAGAGGAUAUUAAUAAGGAGAGUGAAUACGGUGGGGAAGUGGCUGAUGCUUUCCAUGACGUUAUCUAUCAGCUGGAUUCCCGCGGUGAGACUCUUGCUCCUGUGAAAGCCUUGAAGACGAUCUUGGGGGAGCACGAGGUGAUAUUUAAGGGCAAGGAACAGCAAGACGCGCAUGAUUUCUACUCUCUACUUCUUCACGCCCUGGACACCGACCUCCAGGGAAGAGGACCGUCCCACAUAGCUGAGCUCUUCAUUGGCCACCACAAGUCAGACAUCGUGUGCGAGAAAACCAAGACAAUAAUAUCUUCAGUGGACGAGUUGUUUUCGAGCCUGACGCUGACCGUCGGUUCACAAAAGAAUUCUAAACACCACUGCACUCUCGAGGAGCUGCUGACGCAGUACUACAGGUCCUGCAGCAUCGAGUGGGAAUGUCCCACCUGUGACACCAUCCACGACUGCGUCAGGACCACUCGCAUCCACCGCUUACCUAAGAUCCUUGUCAUCCACCUCAGUAGAGUGAAUCAAGCGUCUGGAAGAUCUCAGAGUGAUAGGAAGCAGAUUGUUAAAUUCGGCAAACGACUACAUACCCUUGAUGCCUUUCACGUUGGCACAUUCAGGGGAGAGUACAGUCUGUACGCAGUGUGUAGCCACCUGGGCACAGCGACUAAUGGCCACUACAUCUCAACCUGUCGGGACUGGCGCCUUAAAAGCGUGUGGCGGGAGUUUGAUGAUGAGAUCGUGACCCAACUCAAGGGAAACUGUCCUGUACAUGACGAGAGGAAAUAUGCUCAUAUGCUCUUUUAUGAGAACCUGGAGUCUUAGUUGAGCUCGCGAAACUUUGAAUACUUGAUAGUGUUCAAAACUUCAUGAUCUCAACUAAGUUAACGAAAUCGUGUGUACUAAUGAGUUGAGCUGUUAGAAGCUUGAGCCGUAAAUAGCUGAGGUCGUGAAACCUUUAAGCGUACGAAACCAAUUCAAUUUCUUUCAUUAUUAUGCACCCCAUACCCAUCCCGUGGGCGGUAAUGGAAAGGAUUACAGAGGCACAUAAUGGGUUCAGGAUUCCUGAACCCCCAUAGUUCGCGUUUAGCUAAGCAAAUGACAAUCUCACGAAAGCUAUAGCGAUAUAGGAAGUUCUGCUCAAAACACCAAUGGGAGCUCAAAUGUCUUUUUUGAGAGUGCAGAAAUACAAAAUCAGUUUACUGUUAUAAACUGGUUAACUUAGACGCUGCCGAGACCUUAGCUAAUGCCCUAAAAUAUUAAAUGAACGCGAAUGAAACAUAAAUUGGUUAAAAUAUUAGAUUUCAUGAACGCAGCCUUUCAUCAUUCAUAUUUCAUAACUCAGAAUUAAAUACUUUUAUGCACAUUCACUUUCAACAGCUUCUUGCAUACACCUCAAUACAAUUUUAACUGUUUACAACCUUACAUGUUUAUGUUGUCUGCGUUCAUUAAAUCUGACAUGUUCCAAUUAUUGAUAUUGAGACAAUUUUAAAAAGCUUCCAUGUUUUCUCAAAAAGUUUUUUAAUUUGUCUUUUAAUCUCUUCAUUCGCUUUUUCUGAUUAACUAAUCUUUUCAUAUUAUUUAACUCACAUUAUUAUAUCGUUCAUUUUAAUUGUAUCUAGAAAUCUCAGUUUUUUUUUUAAUUCACUGCAAAUGCCACUUCAUCAUUCCACUGAACAGUUCCACUCGUUAAUUGAUCAGUUCGUGUAACGCCCCACACUUUUCAGCGUUCUUAAUCCAGUACGUCCUCCUAAGAUUUCACAAAAUCAAGAAAAUGGUCAAAAUAAAGUGUCCUCUCCUAGCCUAUCAGAGGACCCCAAAACAGAAAACGGGACAGUACAUCACUUUCGCCAACCGCUUCCAUUUUCUACUACGACAAUUUUUGCCGUUAUGGAACGCAUACGAUCGAAAUGCGAAGUUCUUUGUAGGACAGGCUGUCUUUAUCAAACAUUUCUUGUAUACAUUCAUCAUGAAACUAAUAUUCCUACAAUCUACAUUCUUCUUUUGUCAUCAUCUACCCGUUUUUUCUCACUCAUCAUCUCGACUUUUAUUCCCAUUAUCUUCUGGAUCUUCUUGAGAUACGAUCACUUUUUCACAACUCAAUCUUAUCUUUGGCUGCAGCAACAUGUGAUCAGACGAGCCUCCAGAUAUUUGUCCCAUUGCUCUCCUAUCUCAGACACGCACUUACGCAUAUGCUCUUCCUAAGAACAAGAGUCAAUUAAACUUCAUAAUUUUCCUCAUUUACAAAAUCCCUCUCCUUAAUCACCUAAGAUGUGAAUUUAAUGUUGCUUUCUAUAUAAUUGAAACUACUGAUUGUAUUAAACGCAUUCAAACAAAGAAUUUGUGAUUAGUUGUUACGGAUUGACUUUCUGAUUCUGAUAAUGACUUAAUUUGUUAUAAUGACAUAAUUUCAAAGUGAUCAAUUUGUAUUAAUACAACCUGUAAAUCUAAAUUUAUUCUUUAAGGUCUCGAUAAACUAUUUGCUAGUUUACAUUAAAUAGAUAAAUAGACUUAACUGACUGAUUUAAUAUGUCUACUGUUAUUGAAUUUAUCAAACAUUGUAUUAUUGAUAACAACGAUUAAGAAUAAUGUUAUUUGGAAAUAUUGUAACAGAAAAAUAUAUUAUAUGUAUUUUAUGUUAAAUUAAUAAAUAUUAUGGUUUC